AUGGGUAAAGGAAUAAAGAAGCACAUGAAGAGGGUCAAUGCACCAUCGCAUUGGAUGUUGAACAAAAUGGAUGGGCAAUAUGCGCCCAAAACCAGCAGUGGUCCCCACAAAUUGCUUGAAAGUAUACCUUUGGUUAUUCUUUUAAGAAAUAGGCUAAAAUAUGCUUUAACUUUUGAUGAAGUAAAAAUGAUUUUAAUUCAAAAGAUCGUAAAAGUUGAUAAUAAAACAAGAACAGAUUGUACAUUCCCAGUAGGAUUAAUGGAUGUUAUACAUAUCACUAAAUCAAAUGAAUUUUUUCGAUUAUUAUAUGAUGUAAAAGGCCGAUUUGUUCCCCAUAGAAUUACAAAUGAAGAAAGUAAAUAUAAAUUAUGUAAAGUAAAAAAAAUAAUAUUAAGAAAGGGAAAAUUAUCAAUUGCUAUUACUCAUGAUGGUCGAAGUAUCCCAUAUAUUCAUCCUGAAGUAAAAGUGAAUGAUACUAUAAGAUUAGAUUUAGAAUCAGGAAAAGUUUUAGAACAUUUAAAAUUUCAAGUUGGUAAUAUGGUUAUGGUGACAGCUGGACACAGUGUUGGUAGAGUAGGAACUAUUUUAUCUAUUGAUAAAAAUAUAGGAACAUAUGAUAUUAUUCAUGUCAAAGAUAGUCGAGGAAAAGUAUUUGCUACAAGAUUAAGUAACAUAUUUGUUAUUGGGGAUGGUACAAAACCAUAUAUCAGUUUACCAAGAGAAAAGGGUAUUAAAUUGGACAUUAUCGAAGAAAGAAGAAACAGAUUAAAGGCUCAAAAUAAUUAA